UGUGGUAUUACCAGCGAUUCCAAAAUUAACGUCAAUUACAAAUAUAUCGCCAUUACAUUUUUAUGAAAAUAAAGAAAAUGAACUCUCAAAUAAGAGUUCAAGUAGAUCUGCUGAUGUUUGUCUACCUUCGAAAAAUGACCAAUUGAAAAAGAUUGAAUCAAAAAGAACAGAUAUCUCACAUCUACGAAUAAAUAAUGCCAGUUUAUAUUGUGGAAGAAAAAAUGAAAAGCUAUUACACCUUUCCGAACAUGAUAAAAAGCCUCUGAUUGGUAGGCAAUUUAAUAUUGCUAAAGAAGAUAACGUAGAUGAUAUUAAUAAAGGUUGCAAUGUAAAAAAAUUUUCUUCAACCUAUGAAAAAGGGUUGUGUAAGAUGAAUCCGAAAGUAGCACAUAAAUGCGCAUAUGCUUCAGACGGAACGGUUUCGUUAAAAUCUAUUGCAGACGCAAUUUGCUUUCUCAGCAGUGAAGUGUCAUUGUGCAAAUUCACAGUACGAAAAGCUGAUAAAACCCUAGAAAGUUUUGUGGAAUCUGAGAUAACACCGAAUAAAAAUGUAUCAAUUAAACAAUCUCAGCCUGAAAAUCCAGAAAUGUAUCUGGAGGAAUUUCCACUUUUAACUAUGGACCAAUUGAAGGCAGUCGAGAGCAAAUUAAAGAAAGACGACAUUUACCGUUCAAAAAUCAUUAAUGCAUUACAUAUUGGAAGUAUCGGUGACUCUGCUCAAAAGAAGAUUAAUUCGAUGUUACGAAUGGUGUUUCACGACGAUUUAGCAACUCUCUUCAAUUGGAAGGGCCAAAGAGGAAAGAAAGAUAAAUUGUGUGGUCGUCGAAUCAGCAAAGUAAUGAUAGAAGCGAUAAUCAGAACGUACCCUAAUAUAAAUGCAAUUGCAUUUGGAAGGAAAGCCGGACCAUGGCUGGCUCAAGCCAGCUUCCGUUUAAAAAAAAAUAAUAAAGGAGAUGACAAGAAAAAUAAUGAGAUCAGUGAUGCCAGUAAUGCCAGUGCUGCCAGUAAUGAUACCAGUGAUGUCAGUGAUGCCAGUGAUGCCAGUAAUACUUAAAACAUUUAUUGUAUUAAUAUGUGUUAAUAAAUGUAGUAGUAUGUA